CUGCACACUAGUUUGCUAACCGGUUAACUUGUCGUUCGUGUCCCCCCACCCCGCCGACUUGAACUGCGUGUGUACGCGGAUAUUGUUACAAUCAAUGCUGAAGGCAGAAGCUCAGCUCUCAGCUGCUUGCAGUCCUGCUUGGUCCUACGCUGGGGACAUUGUACUGGCGGCUGCAGCUGCGAUAAACUUUUCUUUUUCGCAUUCCCUUUGCCGAAGAUGACCUAACCUCGAAAGAGCCUCUGCUAGCCAGGUACUAUCAGCUGAUGUCUGAGAGACUUCCUCCUACCUCCACCACCUACAUGAGUACUGCUCUUCAGAUGGGAAGUCUUCAACUGCUCCUUGCCCAAAUGCACUGUCUACCCUCCGCUCUCAUAUAAGAUGGCUGCCUGUGGCCUUUUUCUGUUUCUGAAGAAACUGGAGCUGAGCUGCUUGCUACCAUGGUGAUCAUUUUCUCAAAAACACUGGAAAAGAAGAAGGGUGUUAAUGAUGUAAGGUCCAAGAACAUCGAGAGACGGCUGCGUGAACUCCACACCAUGAGCAGAGGGACCACCCUCCUCUCCUGUGGAACCGUGGAGGCAGAUAGAUGGCUGGAUGUGGGGCGAAGCUGUGCUGUCCAGCAGAGAGUUCCAUGCCAGUCUGGCACUGCUCUCUGGGAUGUGACUCCUGAGCAUAAGAGCCACUGUGCCCAGGAACCAGGCAGCACCACAGCAAUCACCAGCCUGAUAAGAGAUCUCAGUCUCUGCAACAGCACUCACGCCACAUCCAACACUGCACACUACACCACUACAGCCACCAGCCAAACUCCUACGGCACCCCCGAGCAAACGUCAGUGUCGCUCUCAGUCGCUCUCUGAUGAAUUCAGUGCUUUCCGCUCACCUUGGAGGCCCCAAGGCUCCAGAGUCUGGACAACAGUUGAGAAACGAAGGUGCCACAGUGGCGGAAGUGUCAGAGGAGGGGGAAAUCAUUUUCCCACCAUGCAGCGUAGCUCCAGCUUCAGUUUGCCCUCACGCUGCAGCAUCCCUUUCGAUGGAAUCCAGGACUUGCCAUUCUUCAACCAGCCACUGCCUCUCCACCCUCAGUUCACUGCCUCUCCGCUCUCCCCUACCUCUCUUGGCAUGCAUCAUCAGCACUCCCAAAAUCAGAUCUUCCUCAGGCCUCUCUCACUUUCCCAUGAACAAAUUAGCCUGCCAGAGCACCACAGGGAAGAGGCAUCAGAGACCAGCUCCACAGACUCCACCCCAGAGCUGGGGAGACGAGCUGGUCAGAAAGCGGGGGGAAAGGGGUGUUUGUCUCGGAGCAAAUCCCAGCCCUGUGUGUUAAAUGACAAAAAGGUUGGCAUGAAACGCAGGAGACCAGAAGAUGCCCAGGAGCAGCGGCCCUCCCUGGACCUGGCAAAGAUGACUCAGAAACUUCAGACCUUUCAGAGCUUGAGCUGCCUGGGAUUCUCAGCUACCGACAACUGCCAGUCCAUCGUGUCCCCGCCCAACUUUGACUUUGUCAGCCAACCAGAUUUAGACUUCACAGGUGUGUCUGAGCUGGGUUUAGAGUCACGACAGGAAGUGAUAGGAGAUGACGAGGAAGAAGAUUCAUCUUAUGAAGGUAGCGACUCUGCUUGUAGCGUGGACUCCCGGCCUAGGUCUCCUGUAGACAUUGCAGAUGGUAAACGCGCCCUCUGGAAGGGUGACUGUGGGACACACAGGGACAUUUUCCAGCUGGGGGGCGAGCUGGAUCUUGAACAGAUUGAAAGAAACUGAACAUCAUAUUGAGGAUUUUAAAAGACUGUCUGUUAUGGUUGAUUUACCAAGAAAUGUCUAUAAGAUGAAUCAGAGAAAAAAAAUAAUAGCAAAUUUUAAAAGGGAAAGAUGUUGGAAAGACAAGGACAGUGAUAUAGAUGAUGAAGCAUUGCAUAUGUUGCUAAUGGCUGGCUUCCUAAUGACACCUUUGCCUUGAACAUUCUUACUGUUUGUUUAAAAAGCAGUAACCUUAGUUUGUUUUUUGAUCAGAUAUUCAGCUUAACUCAGGAGUGGGAAAUUGAGGGUUUGUCUUAAAUAAGUGUCUCAGCCCCUGCUGUCUUUUAACCAGAUGGCCUUUCAAAUUCAGCUAACCUUAAGUUUGUAGUACUGUAGCAGUAGCUGAGCUCUCUUGUAUUUAGCUCAAGUUUGUUUUUCAGAGAAAGUGGAGGGCAUCAAGAAUGGGGUGAAACAAAGAGGGGCAAAGACAGACUUACCCUUGACCUUCCUCUUCACCUUUUGUGCACACAUGAAAAUCUGAUUUUGUUUUUUGCUGAAUGUAGGCUCAAUAAGCUUUAUGUGGAGUUCAGAAAAUGUAAAGUGCCUUCUUCUGGAUGCUUGCUGUCUCAGUUCUCUUUAAGAAACGUGCCUCAAUUGAAGCCACCUUUUCUGACCCAAAUAGACAAAAUGUAUAUUUGAAUUAAACACUGAAUCUCAAAUUUUCAGUUCUAACAUCAGUAUAUAUUUUUCUAAGUAACUGUUUUGUUUUGUUUUUAUGAGCUGUUUGUGCAGGAGCAAGAACACAAGGUCUUUGUUCUAUGAGAAUGAAUAUGAAAUAAAUUUACAUCCUGCACUCA